CAAAGGCCUUAUGCUUCGCUUCAUCCCACCGCUCACCGUUUCUUUAAACAGCGGCUUUCACUAUUCGACGUGAUCCUCUCUCUUCGCUAAGCCCUGAUGUUCACCUCCUCGUUUUCUUUUCGCCGGAACUUCACCGGAACUUCGCCGGAGUUUGUAACCAUAGCUGGAAUAUUCUCUCGUUUCACUGUUCUAUCUUUUUUUCUUUUUUUUGUGAGAUUUUAGUUUUUUUGCUGGAAGUUAAUUGGAGAUCCGCUUGGUUUCGUUGAUUUCCACCGUGAUUAUUCCCAGAUAAUGGCUGAUGAUGAUAAGAAGGACAUUGUUGAUAGCAACUCAGUGUCAGUCAAAGGAGAAAAGGAUAGUAAAGUAGUUUCUCAACCGCGCAAAGGUUUUCUUUCUCGAAUAUGGAAUGGAAUUUUCAGAAGACGUAGCGAUGACUUUGAAAAGAAAUUGCAAUACCUCUCUAAGGAGGAGGCGUCUGUUCAUGCACGGACAAAGAAGAGAGCUGAGACUUGGCGAAAGAUGGCAAGAAAUCUUAUAGUUUACUCUGUGGUUUUGGAGGCCGUGGCAGUGGCCUAUGCCAUUAUGAUGACAAGAACACCAGAUUUGACUUGGAAUAUGCGAGCACUCAGAGUACUGCCCGUUUUUGUUGUUCCCGGUGUAUCUUCUGUUAUCUACUCAACAAUCGCAAGCUUCAUAAGGAUGCGUGAACGUAAGGACCAGAAGACACUCGAAAGGUUGCGUGCUGAACGGAAAGAAAAGAUUGAUGAGCUGAAAGAGAGGACUAAUUAUUACAGGACACAACAACUUAUUCAGAGAUAUGAUCUCGAUCCUGCAGCAAAAGCGGCAGCUGCAAGUGUAUUGGCAUCUAAACUGGGAGCUGAUUCUGGCAUCAAAGUAUUUGUUGAUGAUACGAAUAUCAACACAUCGACUGUUCAAAGCAGUGGAGCUGAGGUUGUGCGCUCUGAUGGCUUAAGAAAGAGAAGGCCAACUCAUGCAAGAAACAACAGCACAGGUAGUGUUUUGGCCCAUCACCAGUUUCAUGAGGAAUUUAAUCCGCAGGAUCCAGGACUUGGGGCUCCCCAGGAGGAGGUUGCUGAAGAAAAUCCGACAAUUGAGAUGGGAAAUCAUCUGAAACGGACUGCUGUUGAUGGGGGUUGGAUUGCUCGGAUUGCUGCCAUGCUUGUUGGAGAGGAUCCUACACAGUGUUAUGCUCUCAUAUGUAGCAACUGCCAUAUGCACAAUGGUAAGUGCUAUGCUAACUUUUGAGAAGUCCUAUUUUUUUUUUCAUUGCUUGGGUAGUCCUUUUUUAAUGAGAUUUUCACUACUUAGAUUUCUGACUAGAUCUUUAGCUAUGUUUGUUCAUGAUAUGUUCCGCAUUUUUGUUUUGGCUUUUUAUUUUGAACUGUGUGUUCUAGGGUUUAGUGAGAAAUGAACUGUUCAAGUACCUAGGAUUAGAGCAUUUUUGGAAAUAUUUUUUUGUGCUUGCUUCUCAAAGAGCAUUGCACUAGUUGAUUUCUUAGACAAAUGUGGGUUAUAUUUAUUCUACAUAUAUUAGGCUACAGUUAAAGGUAGGUACGUAGCAUUCUACUAGAGUAGGGCCGUAUAGAGGGAGUGACUUAGGGUAGGGGUAGCUAUUGAGGAGGGUCUUACUAAGUGGGAGUUCACUGACUUCUAGUUCAAUUCAAUCGCUUUCUUCCCAUAUUGCUGCCAUUGGAAAUUUCAUCAGAAAAUUAUGAUAGUGAAUCUAAUUGAAAAAGGAAAUCCUCCUUGUAACCAAAGCCUUAUUCUCAUCCCAACUUGGUAAACAUUCUCGAUGCAUAUGCACUUAUAUAGAGAUUCUCUCCUGCUUUGAAGAUUAUUAUCUUCAUUGGAAGCAUAAUCCUUAAACCUCAAAUUUUAGGGAUUUUGGCUUUUUAGGAAUAGAUCUUUUUAUGUGUUUUACCAUCUUGAGUCGUACAAUAUAGAAACGUGUGGAGUAUGUGCCUCGUGCAAGUUCAGAUAUUUCUUUAUGGAGCUUGUGCAUGGGUGUAUAUCCAGGGAUGUUUCCUCAAUUUGCAAUAAAUUCUUGAAACCUGUUCAUUGUUCUACUAUAAUGACGUGCACACCCACGAUAACACGAACACAGGCACAUGCGGGAGCGAGAGAUUUUGGAUAUUUGGAUAUCGCCAAUCUUGACUCUCAAUUGUUUGAAUUGAUAACAGCCUCUUUUCUGUCAGUGUGAUAUUUGAUUUUUCUAUUUCUGCGAUUAACAGAGAAAAUGGGAUGUCUGAGAG